CCCGAGGCGACGAAGUGAGGAAAACACCGCAAAUAAGAGCAGCUUUUCCACAAUGUUGCUCCAUCAAAGGAUCCAACUUUGGUGCAGAGGAGGAUAAAUGCUACAGGUGAUGCUCCCAUCACCUGUCGGGGCGUGUUAACCUGAUGUCGGGACCAGUGUCAGCUAGCUAACAGCUGGAUGCAUCGUGUUGACAUUGUCGUUCUUCCAGGGAUCGACGAAUGUAAUGGAAAGCGAAAAACAAGCUACUGAGACAGAGACACCUCAGCCUCAGCCCUGGAGAAGUUGGAAACUGAUCAUUGACCCUGCGCUGACAAAAGGACUGUACAAGGUCUACCGUUAUGAUGGAGAAUAUUUUAACAUUCCCGUGGAGGAUUUACCGGUAGGUCUGUUUCCUGUGGAUACAGUCAGAGAUCCGCGCGUCUGCCGCCUGUGGAGCAAAUACAUCAAGGCUGACCUGUCGGUGGCUAAAUUUAAGGUUGAUGAGUGGUAUGUUGGUCCUGUUCCUCCCAAAGAAGUGACAUUUUCCAGGCUGAAUGACAAUGUCAGGGAGUCGUUCCUGACUAACAUGUGUAAAAUUUAUGGAAACAUUGAAGAAGUGGAAAUAUUUUACAAUCCCAAGAACAAGAAGCAUUUAGGGAUCGCGAAGGUUAUCUUCGACACAGUGAGGGCCGCAAAAGACGCUGUCCAACAUCUCCAUCAGACCUCAGUAAUGGGAAACAUUAUUCAUGUGGAAGUCGAUCCUAAAGGUGAAAACAGGGCGCGAUACCUCCAGCUUCUCUUACGUGGUCUUUACACUCCUUGGACGCUACCAGUGGGCAGCAAUGAGCAAGCCCUUCAAAGCCUGAUCGACAGUUUAAUGGGCAAUGCAGCCACACAGCGACAGGCAAGUGUCUCCAGCCCCACCAGCAUCUCCACACCCCUCUCUCUGGACACAGCCUACUCCAGUAUUUGGCAGGAUACACCUUGCAGCUUUGGGCUCACACCACGUUCUCAGGGAACCCCCCGCACUCCUUGCUUGUCUGCCACUCCUCUCUCCCAGGACUCUUGCUACUCCAGUCUUCAGGCGACGCCGGUCCUCCAGGGGGAGCCCUCCGCCUAUAGUGUUCAUAAACCUUUAAGACGAGAGCUCUGCCAUCGCAAACCCGCGAGGCAUCACAGGGGAUCCGGGGAAGUCUCAGAUGUCAGUUUAUUUUUGAAGCAUGGCCAACCACAGACGCCACACCCCCUCUCUGCUCAAAUACAAACAAGCAGCCAGCAGCUUGCGCUCUGGCGUCACAAUGCACAAUCCUCUACUGACAAUAACACAGAACCUUCCUUUAACCUUGCCUCCCCGUGUCAGGAGUCCACCCCCAAGGCUUUGCAUCUGAGCUCUCUCAGCAUCCUGAGCAUUAAUUUCACAGCCGACCGGCAGACAGCAGCGCCCUCCCCACCUUACGACCGUGCGUGCAUAACCGAGUUAUCUUCACCUGCUGUCAACUGCUCCUCCAGCAGCCCCCGGCCGGAGGGAGAGAGUUUGGACUCGCGCAUCGAAAGUUUGCUCAUAAACAGACAGAGUGCUGACCCCUCAUACUUUGGUGGAGAGACUGUGGAGGCUGAUGUGCACUCUCAGGACAGCCCAACUUCACCCUGCUCAGCGAAUACCUCCCCUCUCUCAGAUGACUCACUUGUUUGCUCUCCGGCUUCUUGUGUGUCCUUCACAACCGGCCGCCAGCGCUGUAAUAAUGAUCUGGUGCUCUUUGAAAAUGAAGAGGAUGAAACUAUUCGAGCAGUUUCCUUUCUUACAAGAAACUGCCAGUCCCCUGAUCACUCUGAUUUGACACAUUUUGAAGGGAGAGCUCAGGAUGCAGAAAGGAUCCAGUCAUCGUCACAUCUAAAGGAACAUCAUGCAGCGGAUGAGGAUAAGGACCACUCAAGUAACAGAGCAUCCAGAGCUCUGACACCCACAGAGGAGAUCUCCUCUCAUCCUCAUCCCCAGCCUCCAUCCUUUACUUCUCAUCUUCCCUCCAAAGCUCCUCCUGCCAUCAGGCCUGGAUGCUCCCACCCACCAGUCGCCCCUUUCCCGUUCCCCAUGCCUCGCUUUCAUCCGUCUAUUCCACCUGUCCCACCUCGCCUGCCCAAUGGCACCAUCCCCAUCCCACCGCCAGGCUGGAUCCCACCUCCUGGCAUCCCCAUUCCUCCUCCCCGAAUUCCACCAGCUCCUUCUAUUCCUCCCCCUCCAACCUUUCUCAGACCACCUCCACCUUUGAUUGUGCCGCCGGGUGUUCCACCUCCUGUGUACCCCUCAGCCAUGCAGCCUGCAGGCCAUUCUGACAAGGGGAAUCCUCCAAGGCAGUGCAUUGCACCUUUACCCUUCCCUCAGCCACCCUGGCCCACUCCACCUUUUCCCAGGUUUAACCCCUUUGUGCCACCACCAGGCUACCCUCUCGUGAGGGAGAACCCUCAUAAGCUGACAGUAGAAAAAGUUUUAGAAGUCGUUGUGGACGAACUGAAGUCAAUCAUUAAGAAGGACAUCACACGUAGAAUGAUUGAAGGGAUCGCUUUCAAGUCAUUUGAGGACUGGUGGGACUGUCAAGAGAAGAAAACGAAGAUCCAAGUUCCUCCUUUGAAAAGUGGACCCACAAGUGUGGGAGAGAGGAACAAACAAAUAAAUCCCCUCACUUGCAUCAAUGGUCAGGGCAAAAAGCCUCCACUGCCGUCUUUCAAGGUAAAAAGGAAAAGAGCCGAUGAUCCUGCAACAUCAGAAGAGAUAGAAAACGUGUCAUGUUCUACACAUGAAAGUGCUGAUGUAAAACAGGGGGAUGACUUAUUUAGACCUGCAGCUGAGAGAGCCAAACGCAGACAUGCAAGACCUCAUGCGCUUGAAAGUGAUGAUGACGAUGACGAUCAUGACGAAAGGAUAGAGAAAGAUAACACACUUCAAGUUGAAGAAACAGUAUCAGAUAAAGUAGAGGCGACUGUGCCAGUGAAGGAAGCUCCUGAAAUUCUGUGUGACAGAGAUGAUGAUGAUGAUGAUGAUGAUGGUGAUGAUGGUGAUAAUCCUCAUGAGGAAGAACGUGCACAUAAACAUGCUGAGGAUGAAGAUGCUGCCAUCUUCCAAACUAGUGAUGGAGCACAGAGCUCAGAUAGUGAGACGUUUUCAGAGAGCAGCUCCUCGGAGGAAAGCGAGUAUUCGUCAGAUUUUGACUCGUCUGACUCGUUUGCCUCAGAGAGCUUUGAGGACUCAUUGCACCCUGACCUCAGUCCUGAAGAUGAAGACAUGGAAGAGGAUGGUGAGGAUGCCAGGAGUUUAGAAUGUAUAGUCAUAUCCUCAGAUGAAGAGUCGAUGGAGCUCGAGCCCCCCAUCACCCCUUCAGCUCCACUAACCCCGGGUGCUCAGCUGGAGCUGAGCCUGCAGGACUGGUCAGAUCCUUCUCAGAGGGAGGAAACCGAGGCGAACCAGUAUACAUCCUGUCAACAAGCUGCCUGUGACAUGGAUACCAUCAUGGAGCUCGAAAGCAGGGAACCACAGGACCAUCUCCUGUCACCUAUCGGACCUCCAGCAGUGGAGCUUGACCUUGAUGUAGAGAUGGAGAGCCCUAAUUGGGCUGUUGAGUCACCGGAGGACAUAGAAAACCUGCAGCCUCUGACUCCGACUGGCUGCUUGGAGGACAGUGACCCCGACCUGAUAAUAAGAAGCAAACCAACAUCCCCAGCUGAGGAGGAGGUGGAACGACCUCAAACACCUGGCAAGGACAUAGUGGUUGAACUGGGAAGUGAGGAUUCGGCUGACGAAGUCCUCUCCCUCUCUCCGGCAAACACUGAGCUCGUUCUAGCUCCCUCUGGUCCCUCAUCAUACCAGGAGAGGCCCAAAACUCCCGGUAAAGAGGACAGAAGUGGGUGGGCUCAGUACAGUUGUGGGAGGGUUCCAGCAACACCAGGCAGAGAGACGACCAUGCCAGAGGGUAGCACAAUUAUGUGCCCAACUGUUUGCAGCCCACCUCCUGUGCCAUACCUGUCUAGCAAUCCAUAUAUCACAGCCCCAAAGACUCCUGGAAGAGACAUUAUCCUCCCCCGCAGGGCCAUCUUCCACAGGAGGAAAACACAGAUGUUGAGCUCCUCUCAGCCCCUGUUAAGUGACUCUUUCAGAGGAUCCUCCAUCUCUCUGUGCAGCCUCUCCGAGUCUUCAUCUGACUCUGCUGAUGGGAUGGGCAUGUGGACCAGUUCAGGUGUAAGAAUGAAGCCCUUGCAGGGACUGGAGAAUAUGCCAGGGCUCCUGGAUGAAGAGAAUAGGAGCGAGACAGAGAAAUCCUCAUUGAGGAGAAAACGGCUGAGGAGGCUAAAGAGAAGAUGGAGAGUCCAUCAACGACAGAGGACCCUGAAAAGAAUUACUGGGUCUCUCUCCUCUCAUGGUCAUCCUCACAGAUGGCGGCGUUCACGCUGUGAGGAGAGGAGGAUACUUCACAGAGUCUGGAAAGAGGGACUGGAUGAAGAAGAUGCAAGGCUGCUGCAGUGUACUUAUGACCGGCUGCAGGAGCAGGAUAAUGGCUGUGGGUGGAUCAGUGACACCAUGUGGACACCUCACCCUCUGACUAAAGUCCUCACAGAGAAUAAUGAUGAACACAAAUCCUGGCAGCCACAGCACAGGACUGGCUCUGCUCGCAGUGAAGGUUUCUACAAAAUCAGCAGGAAAGAUAAACUGAGAUACCUCAACAGCAUGAAGCUGACCGCGGAGCUUCCAUCUACAAGCACUCAGCAGGGAACUUGUAUCCCCAUCCAGCCACUGACCUCCCUGCGGUCUGGAUCUGACUUCAGGUCUGAACAGCGUCGCCUGCUGUCAUCUUUCAGUUGCGAUAGUGACCUGGUCAAGUUCAACCAGCUGAAGUUCCGAAAGAAGAGGAUCCGUUUCAGCCGAAGUCACAUCCACGAGUGGGGCCUGUUUGCAAUGGAGCCAAUAGCAGCAGAUGAGAUGGUGAUUGAGUAUGUGGGCCAAAUCAUCCGACAGGUCAUCGCUGACAUGAGGGAGCAGAGAUACGAGGACGAGGGCAUCGGGAGCAGCUACUUGUUCCGGAUUGAUCAGGACACCAUCAUCGACGCUACUAAACAUGGGAACUUAGCCAGAUUCAUCAACCACAGCUGCAACCCUAACUGCUAUGCAAAGAUCAUCACUGUGGAGUCUCAGAAGAAGAUCGUGAUAUACUCCCGGCAGCCGAUCGGCAUCAAUGAAGAGAUCACGUAUGACUACAAGUUUCCCAUUGAGGAGACAAAGAUUCCUUGUUUGUGUGGAGCAGAUGGCUGCCGCGGCUCCUUGAACUGAUGUAUAAUGAAGUGUCCUGAUUGUGUCAGUCGCUACAUUUGCCUCAGGUACUGUACAUAUCUGUCAAUAUGAGUCAAAAAAGCUAUUUUACUACUAGUCAGUAACUGUGUGGAGACCAGAGAUGAGCUCACUACAGACAGUUGGUGGUGCUGCUCAGUGAGUAAAGAUUUGCAAAAAUGGACCAAGCACUUGAAACUUUACUUCAUCAGUGGAGGUUUGGCAUGAAAUUACAGCACGAGGUGACAUUUGGUUGUACUUUACCUUACAUCACACAUUGCAGUUGUCUGUUCCCACAUGAACAUUAUGUUACAAUGAAAUAUCUGCUGGCCUCUCAUCAAAAUGAUAACAAAAGUGUACAGUUAAAUGUUUUCAUUUAUGAGAGCUUGAAAUUGAGUUUUUUGCUUGAGUCAAGCUUGUAUGUAUGAUACUGGUUUCCUUGUUGACACUUUGGAAAAAACAAGUGUUGAAUUAUGAAUGUUUAAGGGGAAUCUGCAUUUUUAAACCUGGGCCCUAUGUUUACAUAUUUUGGUGUCUGAAUGACUAAUACAUUAAAACUUUUCCAGCAGUACAAAGUAUGUUCACAAACAGAUUGUUAUUUUGAGUGUUUGAUAACAUUGUUGAAACAAAUUCUACAGAAAUAAAUCGUAUAGUUUGAGAGUAAAAUUUUUUUUUUUGUUUAGCCAGAGUUUUGGUGGGUUUUUCUGUUGAGUUUGACUGAAGUGAAAACAUAGGCUCCAGGUUUACAAAUUGUAGUGUGGAUGUACUCUUCUUGAUACAAACGCCUUGACCAUAAUGAACUGCUUAUCAACACAUAUGUAUAAAAUAAAUGUACAUUGUAAUAAAACAUGCAAGUGAAAUAAGCUUU